AUGGCCGCUGUGGCGGUCCUCCGGAACGACUCGCUGCAGGCCUUCCUCCAGCCCCCGCCGCCCACCUGCCACCAGCUGUCCCCCAACCCGGCCCCCGACGACCUCCCGUGGUGGAGCAUCCCGCAGGCCGGCGCUGGGCCGGGCGCUCCGGGGGUUCCGGGGGGAGGCCUCCCUGGCGCCUGUGCCGGGGGACCCCACGCGCCCCGCUUCCCUGCCUCAGCGGCCGCUGCUGCAGCCGCCGCCGCCGCCCUGCAACGGGGCCUGGUGUUGGGCCCGUCGGACUUUGCGCAGUACCAAAGCCAGAUCGCCGCGUUGCUGCAGACCAAGGCCCCCCUGGCGGCCACGGCCAGGAGGUGCCGCCGCUGCCGCUGCCCCAACUGUCAGGCGGCGGGCGGCGCCCCCGAGGCGGAGCCGGGCAAGAAGAAGCAGCACGUGUGCCACGUGCCGGGCUGCGGCAAGGUGUACGGCAAGACGUCGCACCUGAAGGCGCACCUGCGCUGGCACACAGGCGAGCGGCCCUUCGUGUGCAACUGGCUCUUUUGUGGCAAGAGUUUCACGCGCUCAGACGAGCUGCAGCGGCACCUGCGGACUCACACAGGCGAGAAACGCUUCGCUUGCCCUGAAUGCGGGAAGCGCUUUAUGCGCAGCGACCACCUCGCCAAGCACGUCAAGACGCACCAGAAUAAGAAGCUCAAAGUUGCCGAGGCCGGUGUUAAGCGGGAAGAUCCGCGGGACCUGUGAACCCAGCCCUGGGCACCCUCGAGGCCACUUCCGCCUCGGACCCCUUGACCGCAUCUCUGCGGAGAUGGGGCGGGGGGGUUCGAGCAGCUGGCAGAGAGGGGGCUCUGCAGAUGGCCUCUCCGCUGCCCUCCUCCCAGGUUCCUCGGUCCUUGGACACAGGAACCCGCUUCCCAGGAGUAGCUGUGGAGGGAGGGUUGGAAGCAGGGCGGUUUGGGUCAUGGUUAGGAGUCCUGCGUGAAGCCAGAGCGGUUCCAGACUCUGAACCUUUCCCACCGUCUAGGAGGCCUUCAGUUUGAGGGAACCACCUGGGUUGGCCUUGUAUAUAGGAAGCGCUGCUGAAUUAAAUACAGCAGAAGGACCUCGGGAGAUUUGAAAUAGUGCUCCAGUUUUCGCUAAGACCGGUUGGGGCAUU